CGCCCCGCCGGCCCGGGCAGGCAGCGCAUCGCGUGCUCCGGUGGCUCCUCAGCGGCGUCCCGCGGCUCUGUCGGCGGCCAUGCGGCUCCUCACCGGCGCUCCCUGCGCGCUGCAGGCCGUAGCGCUGCUGCUGCUUGUCCCCAGCUCCCGAAAUGAACAGACAAACAACUCCAGCAGUACUGCACCCUUUAUUAUGACUCCAAACCAUAGGUUGCAAGACAAUAGCAGUUCAUCCAAUCCCACUGUUAGAUCAUCCACACAAUCUACAGCAACAUCUGCAGUAGGUAUGUCUACCAGUACUACUCAUCUGACCAAUACCAGUCAGCCCACCCACACCACUAUGCCUGUCACCCUGACGACUCGGCCCACCAAAACCAGCCAGAAAACAGGAUCCACCACAGCUUCAUCAGUCACAUCAUCGCAAUUCAAUAGUACGGUGGUGACCACUUCCAAGAUUUCUUUCACUUCUGUAACAGCUACAUCAACAUCUGAGGCUGUCAUAGCCAAAACCUCCAGAUUUGAUGCGGGCAGUUUUGUAGGUGGCAUUGUGCUGACACUUGGAGUCCUAGCUAUUCUCUACAUCGGAUGCAAAACCUAUCACUCUAGAAGAGGCAUUCAGUACAGAACGAUUGAUGAACAUGAUGCCAUCAUUUAAAGAGACUUCAGGGAAGACAAUGUUGGAAACCCAUCCCAUCACAGCUGUUGUAACUUACGUCUGAAAGAGUUCCUUUCAUAAAGAUGAUCACAGUCUCUAAACCCAUCUUGGGUGUGAUCCUGCAGAAUGUUGAGAAGCUCUUUUAACAUCCUGAUUUUUUUGCGUUGGCUUUCAUAAGAAGACGACAAACUCAGCACUUUGUAGAGACAGUAUUUUCUUUUUCCAGUAUUUGUAACCAAAUUUAAAGAAGCACACACAUUGAGUCAUUUUAGGUAUACACACAAGUCUCUGAAAUAGCUAAUUACUAGCACAGUGGAUCUCAUCAUUGCAAUUCUAAGUAAGUUCAAUUAUUUCUCACAUACUGCGUAAAUGCAGUGUGUUCCAUAAUGGAUAUAGUAGGUUAAAUAGGACACCUUGGAGACCAGGCAUAGGUUUUUGCAAGUAAAAUAUUUUUUUUUCUACUAUUUUGUAUUAAAUUGUAUUUAUUUUGAAGUUUGAUGUGAACUUUAGUUUAGAAAUGUUGGGGUUUGAACAAUUCAGUUAAUUUUUAUUAGGCUGUAAAGGGACAUAGUUUGCUAACUGUAUAGAAGGUGAUAAUAAGUACUUUAAACUUCAGUCAUUAGCUCACCAGUGACCUGCAGAGACUUUCCUUAACAGGCUAUACAAUAAGACUAGCUGCAGGAAGUAGGGACAGACUGGAGAUACCCAUCCACAACCCUUUUCUCUAAGGGGGUUCUUACAGGAAAACAGACUAAGCGAGCCAUAAUUUCUCUUUUCAACAUGUCCUAAUGAAGCAUGUGCAAUUGAAGAUAAAAAUAAGACAGAAAAAAGUAAUUGCACCAUCAUAAAUAUUAUAAAAUAUGAAAAUUGCUUCUAAAAAUUGGCUUUUAAAUUGAAUGUAGCAAUCACUUCACUCUUGGUUGUUAUUAUUAAGAAGCUGUAUGCAAUGUUUUAGCAGCAUCUGAUAAGCACUGAAAGUUAAACAGAGAAGUGGAAAACCUGUAAGAGCAUUUUAGAAGAAUAUAAUUGCAUUUUUUUACAACUGUUUUCAGAACUUGAUACUGCUGCACACGUGUACAGAGGUCUGGUCAAAAAUGCCCUGAAGGCAAUGGGGCAUCUCUCAGAAGGCCUUUAGAUGAAGGCCCAAAUACUCUGGGGGUCCUGUGCAAGAUGCUGCUUCUGUAUCGCUUCUGCAUUUACAGAGAGGUAAACCUGCUGACUUCAGUAGAUGGGCUUUUGAUGUACACUGGUGUAAGGAAAACUAGAGCAAGGAUCAGGAGACACAGGCCUGCAUCUCCUCAUGUCACUGAAUAAUCGUUCGGUCCUGCUCAGGCUCCACUUGUAGACCUCUCCGUGGUGAAGAGGGUUAGUGUGGUGGGACCUGACCAUCUUGGUUACUGCUGGCAGUAAUCCAUCACGCAGGGUACAGAUGGGAGGUGUGACAGCUGAGGAAGGUCACAGGAGGAACUGCAUGUAGGCUGGGGUACACCACAUCAGGGGAAAUAAGACUACAGCUCUGGCAUGGGUUAAUUUUUUUUGUUGAGCAAUAGUUUAUUCCGACAUGCAGUGUUAAAGUGGCUGUAUGGAUGGGAUGUUUUUCUCCUUUUUCACAUGGAGCAGUAAAACUGUUGUGUCUGAGGCACAGCCAACUCCAGCAAACCGUGGCUAAUAAGUAGUCUUAAUAGCACCAACCAUGCACCUGAAAUGGGGCUAGCAGGGCUGUUUUGGUUUUUAUUGAGGUACAGAGGGAAGAGCGAUUUGAAGUAACUUUUGUGAUUUUUCUUAAUUGCAUUGUUUGGUGGAAAAUUUCUGUUGUUGACUUGGAAGAGUUCGGAAACAAUUCUUCCAUAGAACUGCAAUUCCUUAUUUUGUAGAAAUUAAGACAAUUAAGUGCAACUUAAUUACUGGGAUUGUCUCACCUCUGUUGUACAGAUGAAUAAAUAAAAUCAAAUCUUUGGAGUUACUA